AUGCCUGAAACAACCAUCACAUCUACUGAUGAUACGAGCAAUGUUGUAAAGCCAAUCAGCUAUGAUGUCAAUCACCUUUAUCAUCUCAACAAUUCUGAUUCACCUGGGAUGACUCUAGUCAACAUUGUGUUUGAUGGAAGAGGAUACCCAGGGUGGAGGAGAUCUAUUCUCCUAUCUUUGUCAGCCAAGAAGAAGCUUGGUUUCAUCAAUGGAGCUUAUCGAUCUCCAAAUCUGAAAUCUUUGGAUCAUGAACAAUGGAGCUGUGUCAAUGAUAUAGUCAUCUCUUGGAUCCUAAAUGCUCUCUCAAAGGAUAUUGUAGAUAGUGUGAUAUACUACAAAAUUGCAAAAAAGCUUUGGGACAGCGUGGAGCAGAGAUUUGAAAGAUCAAAUGGAGCCAAGCUUUAUCAUCUGCAAAAGGAUCUAUCAGGAUUAGUACAUGGUAAUAGUGACAUUGCAGGAUACUUCACUAAGCUCAAACGACUGUGGGAUGAACUAGAUGCUUUGAAUGUUAUCAUAUGUUGUUUAUGUGUUUGUGCUUGUGAAGGGAAGGCAAAGUUGACUAAGUCACUUGAGGAUUAG